ACCACCAGUGGGAACAGAAGACCCCCAAAACUCCAUUAUAAAAAGUAUAUCUGGAUUUUUUUGACUCAACUAAUUAAAAGAAUGAAAGCGCCACUUGUUAUAGCGAUCAUCGCGGUCAUUGCCACCUUAAUAGGAAAAGGUACAUCACAGUCAGAGCCAGAAUGCAAAGAUAAUCCAAGGAUUGCAGAUGCUACGGGCGCAAAAUCGAAAAGUUCUGAUGAUGCAAAAUCUACGGUGAAAUGUCAAACGGGCUUUGUUGGUCAGGCAUGUAAAUGUGACGUCAAAUGUGACGGAUCUUACUUCAUCGAUCAGGAAACUUGCGUUGCCUUUAACAGAUACAGUGUCGGUGGUGUUAAGGCUAAGGUGACCUGUAUUGAGAAAGCUUGCGUGAAAAGUCGUAUAAAUCUUACCUCCGAUGGAUAUGUUCCCGGCCCAACAGUGACAUGCCCUAAAGAUUCUGAACUUGUAUCAUGUUCCAUUUAUUCUCCGUGGUCUCAAUCUUACCCGUCUUUUAUGACGACUAAAGUGACAGGCAACACUUGCGUUGGCCCCAGUCAAUGCAAGAAAUGUCGUGUCCAAGCAGUGUGUAUUGCGAAAAAAGAGCCAGAAUGCAAAGAUAGUCCAAGGAUUGCAGAUGCUACGGGCGCAAAAUCGAAAAGUUCCGAUGAUGCAAAAUCUACGGUGAAAUGUCAAACGGGCUUUGUUGGUCAGGCAUGUAAAUGUGACGUCAAAUGUGACGGAUCUUACUUCAUCGAUCAGGAAACUUGCGUUGCCUUUAACAGAUACAGUGUCGGUGGUGUUAAGGCUAAGGUGACCUGUAUUGAGAAAGCUUGCGUGAAAAGUCGUAUAAAUCUUACCUCCGAUGGAUAUGUUCCCGGCCCAACAGUGACAUGCCCUAAAGAUUCUGAACUUGUAUCAUGUUCCAUUUAUUCUCCGUGGUCUCAAUCUUACCCGUCUUUUAUGACGACUAAAGUGACAGGCAACACUUGCGUUGGCCCCAGUCAAUGCAAGAAAUGUCGUGUCCAAGCAGUGUGUAUUGCGAAAAAAGAGCCAGAAUGCAAAGAUAGUCCAAGGAUUGCAGAUGCUACGGGCGCAAAAUCGAAAAGUUCCGAUGAUGCAAAAUCUACGGUGAAAUGUCAAACGGGCUUUGUUGGUCAGGCAUGUAAAUGUGACGUCAAAUGUGACGGAUCUUACUUCAUCGAUCAGGAAACUUGCGUUGCCUUUAACAGAUACAGUGUCGGUGGUGUUAAGGCUAAGGUGACCUGUAUUGAGAAAGCUUGCGUGAAAAGUCGUAUAAAUCUUACCUCCGAUGGAUAUGUUCCCGGCCCAACAGUGACAUGCCCUAAAGAUUCUGAACUUGUAUCAUGUUCCAUUUAUUCUCCGUGGUCUCAAUCUUACCCGUCUUUUAUGACGACUAAAGUGACAGGCAACACUUGCGUUGGCCCCAGUCAAUGCAAGAAAUGUCGUGUCCAAGCAGUGUGUAUUGCGAUGAAUGAAGAGCCGAAAAAAGACUGUGCACCAGGCUACAGCCUGGAUGUGAAAACAGAUAGCUGUGUUGACCUUUGUCCUGAUUACCAACAGAAGUGGGAUGGAAAGGAAUGUGUCAAACGUUGCAUCGCUAGCGAGAAAUGGGACGGGAAGAAUUGUGUUCUGAGAUGCCCGUUGCCGAAUAAAUACAAUGUUGCCUUCAAAACUUGCGAAGAAAGAAUCUGCCGCUGUUUGGCCGCCGGGGAUCCAAACUACAUCCAAUACGAUGGGCAGAAAGUCGAAUUCAUGGGGAAAUGUAAAUACACCUUUACCAAGCUAAGAGGAGCAGACAGUCACCAGAAGUGUUACUUUAAUGUUGAAGAAAAGAAUGUCGUUGCCGAUUCUUCUGACUUGACCUAUGUGAAGCUUGUUGAUGUUCAGGUCGAAGACAUGACCUUCAGAUACAAUGAUCAUACCAAGAACGUCUCCAUUAAUGGAAUCGACGAUACAAAUAGUAAAUUCCCAAUGACCCUCAAAACAAAACAAGGGACCGAUGUGAUAGUCUCCUUUGCUAACCGCAAGUUCACGGUUGAUGCCAGCGCCUGUGGUAUGAUCACAUCGUACAGGGAUUCCUUCCUCACAACAGACAUCAAAUCAUCGCUGGGCAAACAGGUUGAGGGAAUUUGUGGAACGUGUAAUGGCGAAAAGAAUGAUGAUCUCAUUGGCAAAGGAAUGAAGAAGUCAGGCAAUUUCACAGUGUUUUCCUCGAGUUGGUCUGUUCCUGACGAUUCGGGUCUCCCAGUCGAAGGGCACUGUACAUCGGCUGAUGUAAAUGGUGACUGCUCAGUUGCCUGGGCCAAGAAAGUGCAGAACAGUAACCACUGUGGUGCCAUCACAGACACGAACGGUUCAUUCAAGACUUGCAUCGCCAGUGGAAGCGUCGAUGUAGACAAGUUUAAGGAAAGCUGUGAAUACGAUGUAUGUUCUGCCUCGAAAGGUAGCACGGCGGCUAAGGAUGUACCCCUAGUUGUCUGCAAGACCUUGGCUGCAUUUGCUGAUGCCUGUGCCGCACAGGGCGCUGGGGGUGUUUGGAGGAGCACCAGUUUCUGCCCCCUGAAAUGUGAAACAAAUGAAUACUACUCCCCAAAGAAGUAUGCUGGGUGUGAAAAGACUUGCGAGAACAAAAUGGUAUCCACGAAAUGCGCCAAGGGCGAACCUGAAGAUGGUUGUACGUGUAAGAAUAGCUAUGUCAGACUAGGGAAUAAGUGUGUUCACCCGAGGGAGUGUGGAUGUGAAGUCGGCGAUGGUCAGCACCUUGAUAGUGGCGAAUCUGUGGUACUGGUCGGCUGCAAAACCAAGUACGAAUGCUCAGCUGAAAGCGUGUUGAAGAAAGUCGAUUUCCCCGCCUGCCAUGAUGAUGCGACUUGCUCUGUCGUGAAAGGAGCGUACGCCUGCAAGUGUAAUGAUGGAUUUGAUGGGAACGGACAUGAUUGCAAGUCGAAAUGCCAGAAAGCUGAAGAAAAGUGGGACACGAAGUCAUCUAAAUGCAUUCUCCGUUGCCCUGACGAAGACACCAAAUGGCAUAUCAAAUCAAUCUCGUGCAUUCCUAGAUGCCCCGAUAUUCAGACUAAAUGGGACGGCAAGAUAUGCGCACUGAGGUGCCCUAACCAAGACGAACAGUGGUCCAGCGUGAAGUCAGCGUGCAUUCUACGUUGCCCCGAUGUUAACACCAAAUGGGACCAGAUGCAAGGCAAAUGUGUUGACCGAUGUGCGAGUCAUAUGCAAUGGGAUAACCAACAGAAAAAAUGCACAAGUCGAUGUGCGGCAGCUGACAAGUGGGAAGAAACCAAAAAGAAAUGUACACCCAGAUGUCCAUCCCACCAGGAUUGGAAGACUGACAAAUGCGAAAACAAAUGCCCAACGGGAGAAAAAUGGCACGAUCCGACCAACAAAUGCUUCCAAGACGUCAUCUAUCCAAAGACAGAGGGAGGCAAUGGCCAGGAGGCUCCCUGUGUUAUACCUUUCUUGUAUGGCAGCAAAUGGCAGGAGGACUGUGUACAGGGAAAAGAGAAGAUGUGGUGCUCAACUACGGAAAACUAUGAUGCGGACAAAAAGUGGGGUUAUUGCCCUGUUAUGUGCCGAACCAAGGGUGGACUGAUCAAAUUCCCUGGCGAUGCCUGGACGGAUGACGGGAAGGGAGUAUUCUGUGACACCGAUGGGACCAUUGGAAUGAUUACUGGAGAAUUCUCGUUAACGACAGGCGGUGAUGGCGGUGGAGCUGGGUGUGUAUUCCCAUACUUAUACAACGGACGCUACCACGGAAAAUGCGUGAUUUCCACCACAUUGCCUUGGUGUGGCACUCUCAAGGACGGCUCAAAGUGGGGAUACUGUCCACCUCAAUGUAUGCCAAAGGACGGGAGUAGGAAGAAUGCGGGAGACUGGUGGAUGGAAGGACAAAUGAAGUACUUCUGCGAUGAGAAUGCAGUCAUCGAGGAAAUUAAGGAUCUUUCAAUCAAGACGAAGGACGGUGUUCAAUGCGUCUUCCCAUUUAAAUACAACAGCAAGUUCUAUGGUGGAUGUACUGGUACGACCCCCUGGUGUGCCACCACUGCUGACUACGACGCCGAUGCCAAGUGGGGCCACUGCGCUGUCACAUGCCUUACCCAGGAUAAGAAGAAGGUGAAUGCCGGAGCCACUUGGUCACAUGGAGGGAAGGAGUACGCCUGUGGGAGGGAUGGAAAAGUCAGAGCAAACGUGAAUACCCCACCUGGUAACUGCCUUUUCCCGUUCAGCUACAAGGGUAACACGUAUGAGAAGUGUACAGAGGUUGGUUCUGCCGGUAAACCCUGGUGUUUUAUCGAUGAAGCCGAGAAAGCCUACGGAUACUGUUAGAUAUACCUUUUUCUCUUUGCAUACAACGAAGCGUGAGGAAUGAGAUUUUUAUAACGUGGUUCAUUGUUACAAUUUAAGAGUGAAUUAAAAAUACCUCUUAACUGUACAUUGAUCGACCGAAUAAUAUAAUGUCUCAUCCCUUAUCGACUUCUAAAUGAAAAUUCAUCCGGUCAACGAAUGGGUGCAUAUGUAUGUAGUUAAAGAUAAAUAAA